CACCAAGCUUUGCUGCCUGGAGCAAGCCUCUCAUUGGUCAACCACACCAAAGACCUGGGAAGGUAAAUGAACAAGAAGCUAACCAUCCAGCCUCGCCAUUGACGCCGCCCGCUCGCUUUCUCGUCUUCGUUCUCUCCAUAUUCCACCCAGCGCUGGCGCACCGAGCUACAGCUGCAGGUAUGGCGCCCAAAGAGGUCAAUCGAUACGCUGUCUUUUGCGAAGGGAAUGAGAAUCGUCCAGCGCCUCCUCCAGUCGAAGAUCCGUUUAAAAACCCAUUCCUCAACCAGGUCGCAGACAAUCCUCUGCCAUGGCAAAACGUCAAGAAGCGUGGUGCCCCUCCAGUGCCAGCAGCCGCCGCACCACCUCGGACCCUUGUCAUCAAAGAUGCUCAAAGGCCACUCCAUUGCCGGACUUCAAGCACACAAGCACGCACGCGCGCCAUCUCGAAUGUCACGACGACGAGUGACAAGCCCUACGAUCCACACGAGAAUUGGUGCGGCGCCUGCAACAUCAAAUUUCCUAACAAGACUGCACUUCAGAGCCACGUGAAGCAGACGCUAGAUCACAAGCACUACUGCAACCUUUGCGUUCGCGUGUUCAAGGACCGCAAUGGUCUCAAGAAUCAUGUCGAUAACACUAGGGGUCAUGAGACCUUCUGCAACCUAUGCCUCAGCGCCUUCAAAGACGAGUGGGGUCUGAAGAAUCAUUUUGAAAACAACUACCAGGUCGAUCAUCGAUUCGUAUGUCUGACAUGUCUGCUUGGCUUUCACAGUCAGGCGGAUCUGGACAGACACUUGAAGACAGCAAAGAAGCACACCUGGUGCAUGACCUGCCAUCGACCCUUCAGCUCUCAGAAUGAGCGCGACAAGCAUUGGAGGACGACUAUAGCUCACAAGCACUGCCUACAGGUUGGAUGCGACUUCGAUGGACCAGAUGUUGCUGCUCUAGAAGCACACUACGAACAUGAUCACUUCAGGUGUGACGGCUGCAGGCGUAUCUUUCCAAGUCAGACCAAGCUGUUCCAGCACCAGGAAGACUGCAACCUGCCAGUCGCAUGCCCUCAAUGCGAAGAGCCGUGCGCAGGUCAAGGUGGGCUUGCUCGUCACUUGCAGCAAUGCUUUGCUUGUGAUCAAUGUGGUUUUUAUACCCCACAUGAGGGCAAUUUCCGCAUUCACAUGACGAAGCAUGCAGUCGCUGCGAUUCCGUGCUGGGGCUGCAGCCUGCCUAUGCGCACGUUCUCGAGCCUCAUCAACCAUCUCGAGUCAGGUGCAUGCCCCAAGUUUCACGAUCCUUCACUUCUGCUCCAGGAACUAGGUGAAUGGUGGUAUUCGCCACUUUUCAUGGAUCUGGACAUCCAUGCGCAGAUUCGCACUGGGCGCAUAAACGUCAGUGAAGUGCACGAGUGGAUGCACAGCGGCAUUCUCAUGCCUUUCAUCUGCCGCAACGAGAAUUGUAAGAAAACAUUCGGCCAUCUCAGCUCUUUGGUGCUGCAUUUGGAGAGUCAGGCGUGCGAGUGGGAUAUUGAACGGCUGAAUGUUCCUGGUCUGGAGACCUUAUUCAAGGGCAGGUGCUUGAGGAGGGACAGCGCACACGACUAGCGGACACAGUGCAUGUGAAGAACUAGAUAGGCAACCUUGAGCCACACUCGUUUCCCAUUCACGGCAUCAUAGUCUC